GGGAGGUGCUGAAGUUCUUUAGUAAACAAGAGGGUGAUGGCCGCCGCUGCUGUGGACAAGUGUAGGGGCGGGUUUGGUCGCUAUAAGACCUGGGUGACCACCAACCCUAUGGCAGCCUCGGAAAUGGAAGCCGUGGUCAAGUGGGGAUCAUAUAUUUUAGCAGGUCGUUUAAAGCAUUCUACUCUCCUCUGUGAAAUUGUGUAUGCUGGAUCAAGACUUUUUGAAAUGUUUAAUGAUUUCUUAAUAAAAGAAACACUGCCACAACUCAACACAAAGCAAGGUGACAGGUUAAAGGUGCUGCUAACUGUGAUGGAGUGUGUGGAGGUGCUGGUUGAGGUGGCUGCUGUUCAACUCUGGGGAGAAAUGGGCCGUUGGGCAGUAGUUACCAUUAUUCAGCUGGCCAAGUGUAUUGGACGUUUUUUGUUAUUGUUGAGAUACAAGACAUCCAUAGUUCCAUCUCCUCCCAUUAAACCAUUGGAUAGGAGAGGUGUCAUUAACACCAAACAAGCGAGCUUCAUGAAUCAGACACAUGGGUCAGCAAGUCCAGAAGUAAUUCGGUUGCCAUGCUCUGGCCGAGUCAUGAGAACACUGGCUGCAGCCCCUCCUAUCCAUUUGCGGACAUUUACUCUUCCUCAGCCUCCCAACAAUAAUAAAAAUGAACCGGUUCUUCCCAAAGUGUUCUCAGUAAAGCAUAUGACAGCAGAGGCUAUGCAUAUACUGCGUCCAAUUUGCCAUUUAAGUGGCAUGUAUCUCUUUGGACAACAGUCUUGGGCCCCUUGGAUAUUGUCAUUGGGAAUGGACUUAACAAGCUUGAAGCUCUACAACGAGACUCUGCUUUCGGCAUCUGAAAAGGCUGAACUUGCUCACCGGAGAAUCAACCUCUUGUAUUAUCUUAUGAGAUCCCCUGCAUUUUAUGCAGUCACUCAUAGACGAAUACGAUAUUUCUUGACCACUGUUGGAAACAGAGUGCCAUUAGCACGAACCAUAUGUCAACCAUUGCUUGAUUAUAUCCCAGAGUGGCAAAAAAUAUAUGCCUAUACUUGGAGUUAAGAAAAUUUUAAUUGUGCUGUAAAUUAGCUUGCUUUAAUGUUUGAUGGGCAUGAAUCAAUAAGUUAUGCUAUAUAUAUUAACUUCCUUAAAUACUUGAUGGAAGUUUUCUUAAGUGGGUGUUCUGUACUGGGAUGUUAGGAGUUUGUCUAGGAUUCUUUGUAUAUGAGUUAAGUAGUGCAACAGUUGCAUUCUGGCAAAACCUUGUGCUACACAGACUUGUGCUGCAUAAACAUUCAGUCAAGUUGUUAAGGAAAAUAUUGGUGCAUUCCAGAGACCUUUCAGUCACACGUUCACUUGUACAGUACCUCAAUAAAACACUUACUAGUACCUGAAUAUUAUUAUAAGUACUCUCAUUGCUUCCUAGUCUGACAUAUUCUGUACUGUAUAAAGAUGAUUUGUAAGCUCAUCAAUGAUGCAAGACGGUAAACAUUGUCUUUUGUUUUGUGAGAUACAUCAGGAGUUGCAGAAUGUCUUGUAAGGGGCUAUGAAGCAAGAAUAUAAUAUAAAAAUUAUUUAGAUAAUGUAUAUGAAAACAUCAUUUGGGAAAUGCCAUGAUAAAUAUGCAAUAAUCCAUAUAUAAUUCAAUACAGUACAAUAAUGCACAACUAAAAAACAUUUUGUGAGGUGCCACAAUGUAUGAUUAUAAUACAAAAAGUGUUUAAAAUGUAAACACUUGCACCGCAUGAGUCACAAUUUGCCAAUGUGUUUUUCUUGGUUUAUUAAAGGAUGUGUUUAUGACAGACAAUAUUCUCAGUGACUUGCUAUAUAGUGGUUGACAGUUCAGCUUUGUAACCUUGUUCAAAUUUGUUUCUAAAAUAUAAAAUUUUAUCUCUUGAUUUUUAUAACACUAACAAAUGUUGGACUAUAUAUGUAUAGGGUAUUAAUGCACACAUUAACAGUAAACAGUAUAUAGUAAUUCAUGAGAUAGUGUCAGGAUAGUUCUGACUGCACAUCAGUGGUGUUGUCAUGAAACUAUACAUGGCAGUGAGUGAGGAGCAGCAAGAUGGUUGUUGAUUGUGAGGCAAGGCUGUUUUUUCUAGUAGAGUUUAGACUGUCUAUUCAGUUGGACAUCGUCUAGCAGUGUUCCCAGUAUGUAUGUAUGUUCAGUUGAUCGUCUUCCACCUUUCACAGGCACCUGAAUAAGAUCAGUGAGGAACAAUGAUUCCUGAUUGGCCUCUGAGCAAUGAAGGUUCCCUUUGCUCUUUCAGGUAGAGUGGAUAUCAUUUGAGGGUAUGCUACACAUUCCAUUGUAUGGUUAUGUGGAUGAAAAUUGGUCAUGUAAGUGUCCCUAACUUACAACAGGGGGAUGAGUUUCUAUGUUUCCAUUACAAUUUAAUUGGUCUGCACUUGGAACAAAAUUUCCCAUAUAUGCAAUGUUAUGAAUUAUAUAUAGAAGUCAUAAAUAGUUAUAUGAAUUCAUUGGUGUUGAACUAUUCACAGGAUUUAAAAUUAUAGCCUUGUCUUCAAUACUUUUGGUGAUUACAUGUUUACUGAGUAAACCACUGCAAUCUGUGUUAAUAUUUCUUUUUUUCUAUAAGUGUAUUAAAAUAUUAUGUACAAUUUUAUUUACAGUGUUAUGACUACUUUUCCUUAGCCCUAAAGUAUCGCUACCAAAACUUUCCCCUCUUAUCGACCAUAAUAAAAGGACAUUUUAUUUACAAA